CAAGACCCAAGGAGGAGCGGGAGGGGGGUUCCUUCAUUUAUUCUGUGUAUGUGUGUGUGUGACGGGACUCGGCGAGCCGGAGGGGAGGAACUGAAAGUGAAGCGGACCUCGUCGGGAAGCGGUUGAGGAGCUUGCCCGCCGAUCCGGAACCUGCCGCGGCCGGGUGGAGGAGGACUCCUGUUCCCCUCCCCUCAUGAGGAAGCGGAAGGCCUGAGGCCGAGCAUGGCUGACAACGGCUUCGACCGGGCCCCCGGUGCGGGUCGAGGCCGAGGGGGUGGGGCCCCUCUGGCUCCCGAGAGUGGGGCCCAUCAGGCAAGAGCUACGUCUGUAUCAGAAAAAAAUUGCGCCAGUUCAGCAAUGGCUAAACCGCUGGUGGUUAUGGCUCCGAAGGGAAUAUCAAAGCUUUCAGUUGAUGCACCUGAAUUUUACCCCUCAGGAUAUACUCCUAAUCUUACAGAAUCCUCUUCAGAAGAUGGUAAUGGUGGAUAUCCAACAAUAACAGAAUACGUGCAGGAUUUUUUAAACCAUCUUGCAGAGCAGCCAGCUUGUUUUGAAACUGAAAUAGCACAUUUUUCAGAAACAUUAAAUGGCUGUGUUACUACAGAUGAAGCUUUACAAGAACUGGUUGAACACAUUUACCAGCAGGCUACAUCUGUCCCCAAUUUUUCAUAUAUGGGUGCAAGGCUGUGCAAUUACCUUUCUCAUCAUCUCACCAUUAAUCCACAAAGUGGCAAUUUCAGACAAUUACUACUUCACAGAUGUCGAAAAGAGUAUGAAAAUAGAAAUGAAGCUGCAAAGGGAGAUGAAGCAACAAGGAAAAGAUUUCACGCAUUUGUGCUGUUUCUAGCUGAACUUUAUUUGAACUUAGAGAUUAAAGGAACUAAAGGUCAGCUAACCAGAGCAGAGAUUCUUCAGACUGGACUUCAUGAAUUAUUGAACACGCUUUUUUCUAAUCCUGUGGACAACAAUUUAAUCUGUGCAGUUAAGCUACUGAAAUUGACAGGGUCUGUGCUAGAAGAUGCAUGGAAAGAAAAAGGAAAGACUUAUAUGGAUGACAUGAUACAGAAAAUUGAAAAUGUUGUCUUGGAUGCAAAUUGCAGCAGAGAUGUAAAGCAUAUGCUUCUGAAACUAGUAGAACUACGGUCAAGUAACUGGGGAAGGGUACAUAUAACCUCAACAUUCAGGGAAGCAACUCCAGAAAAUGAUCCUAACUACUUCAUGAAUGAACCAACAUUUUACACAUCUGAAGGUGUGCCUUUCACUGCAGCAGAUCCAGAUUAUCAAGAGAAAUAUCAAGAACUACUUGAAAGGCAAGACUUAUUUCAUGAGUUCGAGGAAAAUGGAACAGACUUAUCAGGAGCUGGAGAUCCGUAUUUCGACGACGACGAUGAUGAAGAUGAGGAUGAGAUGGACCCAGAAAUUGAAGAAGCAUAUGAAAAAUUUUGCUUAGAAUCAGAACGCAAAAGGAAACAGUGAGACAUGGCACAUGAAGAUUAGUGUUUGGUUUUUUAAAGAAAAAACAGCAUAGAUGGAAAUAGCAAGUUAGACGCAAUGGAAAAGCGUUGUAAUGUCCAUACCAAACAGAGGAGAUUAAGUUUGUCCACAUAAUAAAUUUAUGCAAUUUCCAUUUUGUUAAACAGAAUCUGCCAAAAAUUGUAAACUUUAAAAUCCUGUAACUUUAUCAAUGUAUAUAUAUCAUCGUUUAUUUCCUGUACAGUUGAAUAAACAAUGUUUUGGCUGGACUAAAUUUUAUUUGAAACAUGUCAUAAAAUAAUCUACAAAUCUGAGCAUUGUAUUAAAGGUUACACUUUUUUUGAGAGUAAAAUCCCACGAACCAUAAAAAACACAUUGACCUGCUUUUGGAAUGGCUUUGUACUGCUUCUCCUCUGUAUAGGUAGCUGUCAUCCCAAAUAGUCGUAAUUUCAUUAUUUUUAGACUCAUGGAACAUCCAAUAACUUUUUAAUGUUUUACAAUCAUGGUCAUAGUAAGUUCUGAAGGAAAACUUGCAAAUACAUAUUCUUUUCAAAAAGCUAAAUAUUGCAUAGACAUUUUAGAUAAUGAAAGUUGUAAUCAAUAAAUUAUUUCAGUCCAGAUGCCAUGUUAAGGAUCUUCCCAACAAUGAAUUUGGAUGACUAGGAAUUUGUCAAUUGCUUUUGUGUUCUGUCCCUAAGCGACAGUUUGCCAUUGUGCAUUAAUGGGCCAAACUGUGAUUAGUGGUUAUCACGAUAGCUUCUAAACAACAGUGGCAAAUGCUACAUAAUAGAGUAAGGGGUGAAUCCUCGUUCUCUCAUUACUCAUACUAAGAAGUCAAAAUUUUUCUGCCACUCUUCAGUUUGGUAAUUUAUGUACAUUAUACAGUCACUAGUGUUGAGUAAAACAGUUUCACAGUUCAUAAAAUAACUUCUAAAUAUAGCUGCUAGUUAUUGUAUCUUCUCUCUUCAUCAGUUCUUGACCCUACAGAUUUUUGCCCAGGAAACUUCUACAGUUUUUGUUCCUCCUUUUAUAUUUAAUAGAUCAAGUAGAGUCUAUUUCUUAACACAAAAUGUGUGUGUUGAACUUCCCAAGAGGUAGGUUAAAUAACUUAUAUAAAGAGGUGUUGUAAAUAUGCAUGUAAAUAGUGCUGUUUAAUAUUGCACUGUUAUAACUUGACAUAGUUUGUGUCUGUUAACACGGCAUUACUACAUCUUCUGGUUGUUCAUUUGUUUAGCUGAUUAACAUAAUAUUUUGAAAAAUAAACAGAUUCAUUUUGUUGGGUUUA